AAGAUAUCACAAUAUGGGUGUCAAGGGUUUGACCAGCUUUAUAAAGACGAACAAGCGCUCACUCGCUAAGGAACUCACAUUCUCCGCUAGAAAGGAGGGUGAUGACAGCGAGCGUACACCACUCGUAGUAGACGCCUGGGGUAUUAUCUACCCUCUCUACCGUCAAACUGAUGUUUCCUCUACCUUUGGUGGUAGCUUCCUCGACUAUAAGAAGAAUCUUAUACACCUCUUGGAGGCCUGGAGAAGCGUCGGUUUAGAGCCAAUCUUUGUUUUCGAUGGCUGUCCAUCCUCACAAAAGCACAAGACUAUGGUUAAUCGCUUAGAUCAAACGAACAAAAACUUAGAACUCUUCUGGCGUACAAACCCACAAUCAAGACAAUCAAUAGCACUCAACGCUGUACCACCACUCCUUGCAGAACUCACAGUUGAUGUUUUAAAGUCAACUAACGUUGAGUACAAAAUGGAAGAAUCUGAAGCUGAUUCCGCCGUCGUACAUAUUGCAAAGUCAAGAAACGGUCUCUGGGCAGGUGGUGACUCAGAUUUACUCAUCCACGAUGCAGAUGCGGAAACUCAAAUCGCUGAAAAGGGCGGUUACGCUCCUCUCUUAGAAAUGGAAUGGGUUGCUGAACGUCCAGAGGAACCUGCAGAUGAGGUUCCAGACGAAGAGGAUGAUGGUUUCGCUACUGUUUCAAAGGCUAAACACCCACGUAACAUCCGUAAAAAGGAAAAGUUCGCCGCAAAGGUUCAGACUACGCUCGAGGGUUAUGACACAACACAGAUUUUCAUUAGAUCACGUUUGUUUGCUCCACCAACAACUAAGAUUGUCGCUCUCAGAAUGGCUGUCUACGAUCCAAAGACUCUUGCUGAGUUUGUUGGCAUUAAGGCACUCCAUCUUCCACUUCUUGCUGCUCUUGUUGGUAACGACAGUUCACCACAAAUUCAAUCACACUACCUCCACCGUGGUACAAGACCUGAAGAGAGAAUCACUAGAGUUGCUAACGUCUUAAAGGAAUACUCAGGUGAAAAUGCACAGCAAUCACUCGUUGAAUAUGCUGUUCAACAACUCGUUGACCCAGAAACCGCUUCAGGUGUACAUGAAGAAAUCGCUGCUGAUGUUAUGAAGGCUUCAGCUGAUUACAUUGGUGUUGAAAAUGCAAACGUAUUCAGUGAAGAUAAAUUCGACAAGGAAAUCGUCGAAGCAUACAAAGCUGCUUACCUCGAUGGUAGACUUUCACCAAAAAUUUUGGAGAUUAUGCAAGAGAGAGUUUACUUCUGUCGUUUCAUUAUGGAAUUCAUUGAUGAACGUUCAUCUCACGUUGAAGUUGGUAGACACCUCCGCCAAUUCGCAUACAUGAUUACUUUGGCAACCUGUAAAGAAGAUCUUAGAUUCAAGAAGAUUGAAACUGUUGAAACUGUCGAAGAAGUUACUGAAGAAGAAAAGAAGGCAGCCGAGGAAGCCAAGGCCGAAGAACAAGGUGAAGAAGGUGCACAAGGUGCAGCUGCGGAAGUCCCAGAAGGUGAACAAGAUGAAAACGCAGAAGCACAACCACAAACUAAGAUUACUACAAAGACAGUUGAAUACGCUUUCAAUGCUGUCACUGAGUACACUCGUCAUGGUGUAACAACCACACCAGUCCCAGUUGAGAUUCCAUCAAUUGAGGAUGUCUUACCAGCUAAGAUAGAUGAGACCAAGAAGAUUAAGGAUGUUGCAAACGUACUCCCACCAUUCCCAACACCAACAAAAAAUUCACUUCAACUCUUACCACUUAGAGAGCGUUUGGCAUUAUAUUUAUCAGCACACUCUUCUUCACACCUUUCAGUUCCACUUGCUCAAGUUAUCGCAUCUGCACCAAACCUUACUCAAGAUAGACACGCACUUACAACCUCUGGUAAGAUUGUCAAGGGUGUUAAUGAAGAAGGUCCAAUCGGUGAUGCUUGUAAGGCAAUUCGUCCAUACGUUCCAUUCACUGCCGCCAUUCGCCAUAUCAUCUUGAGCGUCAGAGACAGCGCAAAAGCAUGGAACGAGGGUACACUUGAAGCUGUCAUUAACAUGGCUAUCAAGGUAUUCACUACCAAGGAUGAAAAGAAGGAAGAAAAGAAGGAAGAAAGUGAGGAAGAAGAACACGAAGAAAUUGUUCUCGAAUCACCAUCAGUUGAAAAUGUUCGUGCAGCAUCACAAGUAUUAUGUGCUCUUGAAAACAGUCAGAUUGUUGCAGACGCUUUGUUGCUCUCUGGAAUUGUCACACCAUGUCACACAUUCUUUGAUGGGCCAACCCUUCACCGUUAUUUCGCAGGUGUUGAAGAACCAGUUGACAAAACCCUCACUGCUAUCAUCAAAGAGUCAAUCCUCGAUGGUUGCCCAGAGCGUACUGUCACUGUCAAGAAAGUCAAGAAGAACAAGAAGGAAAAGAAGGAGAAAUCAGAUGAUAAAAAGGAGAAGAAGGAUAAGAAGCAGCCAGCCUCUAGAUACGAUAUUUUGGCUGCGAUGGGCAUGGAUUAAAUUGGGUAAAUUUCGUAGAUGUAUUUGUAAUUAAGUGCAAAAAGAUGCAUAAAUUUUUCAAACUUCAAAAAUGUUCAUGUAUUCAAAUAAAUUAAAGAAAUAACGAAAGUUGAUUGUCCACACAUAUGACCAGAUGAUAAAAGAAACUUGAUACGAUAUAGAAAAUAGAAAACAGCGUCGGCACUCUAGUCCAAGAGAGUGGUCUCGACGAGUAAACCAGUAACACGGUACGGAUCAAUAUUUGAAGCUGGACGACGAUCCUCAAAGUAGCCAUACCCUUGUUCAGCUACGUGACGAGGGAUACGGAUUGAGCAGCCACGAUUAGCGACACCAGAUGAGAAUUCAGUAAUUUUACCAGUCUCAUUCUUGCCGGUUAAGCGGAGUUCAUUGCCCUCUCCGUAUGCAGCGAUAUGCUCGAUGUGCUUGCCUUCAAGCUUCUUGAUCAUUGUUUCAAUAGCUUUCAUACCAGUACCUGGCAUUCUCGUGGAAUUCACUGAGAAGUUUACGUGAGCCCCGCUACCUGCGAGAUCCAUCUUAGGGAAGAGCUUUGGAUGGAAAGUGAUCUUGACGUUCCAAUCUUCAGACAUACGAUGUAAGAUAAAUCUUGCGAGCAUGAGCUGGUCUCCCAUUUCAAUACCAGAACAUGGACCAACUUGGAAUUCCCAUUGUGAUGGCAUAACUUCAGCAUUUAUACCAGAAAUCUUGAUUCCAGCAUACAAACAAGCGCGAUAGUGUGCUUCGAUGAGAUCACGGGCAAAGAUCUUUCCAGCACCAACACCACAGUAAUAAGGUCCUUGUGGGGCAGGGAAACCAACCCUUUGGCCAUCCAAGUGGAUAAUUGUCUGUGUCGAGGAUGGUGUAUUCUUGCUCAAUACCGAACCAAGGUUCUUCGCCCUUGGCGAGGUCCAUAGUUUUCUUAGCGUGGUGGCGGUAGUUGGUCUUGUUUGGUGUACCGUCACUGUUGUAGCAUUCGGUUACCAGAAUGUUGUCACCUCCGCGGAAUGGAUCUCU